GGCCAACCUGGCUCGGGAAGUUUCGGCGGCCGCGGAUCCCAGCUGGGUUGGGAGCUCACCCCAAGCCUCUGCGCCCAUGGCGGGCGCGGGAGCGCAGGAGCCCGGGGCGGCCGGAGCCGCGGCGCCCGAGACCCGCGAGCACCUCUUCAAGGUGCUGGUCAUCGGCGAGCUUGGCGUGGGCAAGACCAGCAUCAUCAAGCGCUACGUCCACCAGCUCUUCUCCCAGCACUACCGGGCCACCAUCGGCGUGGACUUCGCCCUCAAGGUCCUCAGCUGGGACAGCAGGACGCUGGUGCGCCUGCAGCUGUGGGACAUCGCGGGGCAGGAGCGGUUUGGCAAUAUGACCCGAGUAUACUACAAGGAAGCUGUUGGUGCUUUUGUAGUCUUUGAUAUAUCAAGAGGUUCCACAUUUGAGGCAGUCUUAAAAUGGAAACGUGAUCUAGAUAGUAAAGUUCAUCUUCCCAAUGGCAACCCGAUUCCUGCUGUCCUCCUAGCUAAUAAAUGUGACCAGAAGAAGGACAGUAACCACAGUUCUCUCCAGAUGGACCAAUUCUGCAAAGACCAUGGCUUCACUGGAUGGUUUGAAACCUCUGCCAAGGAUAACAUCAACAUAGACGAAGCCACCCGGUUCCUAGUGGAGAAUAUUCUUGCGAACCACCAAAACUUUCCAAGUGAAGAAAACGAUGUGGACAAAAUUAAACUGGAUCAGGAGACCUUCAUGGGAGAGCGCAGAUCCCAGUGCUGCUGAUGGGGCUGUGUUUGAAGUGGGCCUGCCUGGGUCCUGAGCACAUGCCUGAGAAUGGUCAUAGGUGACACUGCACUCUGAAUCUCCCACAGGCACCUCUCACGGUGCAGCUCCACAGACCCGCUGCUUAUCUGAAGAUGGAACAAGUGGAGAAGUAUCCCUGCUAAAGGCUCUGCAACUUAACAGAUGCCAUAGGCUUUUGUUGUGCUGUCCUGUGGAGGAUAUUGUUUACAUCUUUUUAAGCAUCUCUGUAUAUGACUUUCAAGUUGUAGUUUUUAGUGUCAGCACUGGGGUAGUAAUAAAACUCCCCUGUGGUGUUGCUGGCAUUUUUAAUCUGUGUCUUUGACCCCACAUUCCAUCCUCACUUUUAAGGAGGUUUUUUAGAAGACUUUGUUAGCACAAAAGCUUUUGAAGUUCCUGAUUAGCAGUUCCUUUUCUAUUCAAAACUUUGGUGCUUCAUGUAAAAUUGUUCUCCUUAAUGUUUUGAUUUCUCCAGCCCUUCCUGAUGUGUCAUGUGAUCACUGCUGUUAAACACAUGAAGAUGCCUUUCCUAAUUACUCCAAAAGUACUCACAUCACACCUGUCUUUUGAAGGUCUCCCUCUGGACCUGCUUGCUUCCACAUACUAACAACAUAGAUGAACGCUUCUUCUCUCUUCCUAGUCCUUUCUUUCCUCUCUUCUGUGUGUUUAGGUUUCUAACAGUGGCCCUUUUUGAUACUACUGUUGCAAGGCUCUCUAACUGGAACUAAUCUUUCCAAAUCUGCAGUGGUAAUGCUUUCAAGAAGAGAAAUUUUUUUCAAAGCUCAUACAAUUAUAUCUGAGCUUCUAUAAUAUUGUGGAAGAAACUAGAUUGUGUCUGGUUUUAUAUAAGAUUUUGGACAUUUUUAGUAUAAUGCCUGAGAAACUUACAGCACAUCCACAGCAUUUGUAUUUCCAUUUUUCACACAGUAAAGGAAAAGAAUAAAUAUUUUAGCCAAAACCUGUGUUUUGAAUUAAUGUAGUUCUAGGAAGAUACUUUUCUAUCUCACAAAACUUUGUCUGUUCACUUUUGAUUUUUAAGAGGUUUAAUUAUAUUAUGUGAAAGAUACAACUUAACUACUUUCAAAGAAAUGUGUCAUAGUCCAAAACUAAUGCACAAUGAGACAAUGAAUAAAUUUGUUUCAUACAUUAUGUGAGCUGGGUGGAAGAGACUCAUGCAUUUAUUACCAACAGGAGAAAAAGUAGCAUAGAACUGCAUUUGCUCUGACAGGUAUGUUCUAGGAAUGAAUACAAGUUGUCACAGGCCAUAAAAUGUUUCACUCUCUCCUCAUUAAACCUAAGAGCCAUGCCUAGAAAUCACAAGUAUAUUUAUACACUAUAUCUAUUUAAGUAAAAAUAUACUUUGACCUCUUUGGACAUGUAUACUACACAGAAUCAUAUUUUCUGAGGUGAAGGAAUUAGAAGACCUGAGUUUAAUUAGUACUUUAAUUAAUAUAUGCCCUUUAUUUUUUUAAAUGAAUAAAGUUUGGCUUUCUAGGACAUAAUGUCAUACGCUUAAGUUUUUUUUCUCCUCUAUGCACAAAGUACAACUUUAUAACCUUUCUUAUAUUUCACAGCUCAUACGGAAUGUUUGAAAUGUUGCUCUCAAACCCCAAAUGUUGGAAAUAACAAGUUUAUCCUAAGUAGCUACAAGAAGAGACAGAGGUCUGUUUGGAAUUUUCUAUUUUUAUAUAUGCUGAUUUUAAUUUUU